AUGUCAGACGAGCUUGACCGUAUACUUUCCAUUGAGGAAUCUGCGUUAAACAGAAAUGCGGAGAUUGAGCGAAUACUUCAAUGCGCAGGUCAUGAUUAUUUUGCAAUAAUGGAAAUCAAUGCAUUAACUACUCCACCUGAAAGUUUAGCGUCAUUAGUGAAAAGAAUCUACAGGAAGAAAUCGUUACUUAUCCACCCGGACAAGACAGACCAUGUGGAGGCACCAAAAGCAUUUGACUUGCUAAAAAAAGCGCUGGAUGUGCUUUCGGCAGACGAAGAAGGUGGGACUCAUGCACAGGAAAGAGCUCGACUAUAUUCGAUGUAUAAUGCGUCGAAAGUUGUUGAUUCGCCAGUACCUGAUUUCAAUGACCCUACUAAUGUUAAAGUGAGAAGAAAAGUAGAAGAGAUUUUAGAGUAUGAACUGGGGCAGGAUGAAUUACAACAAUUGGCAAAGCAGAGUGAACAAUUACGCAAGCACGAAUACCAGAAGCAAGCACAAAAGGAAAGGAAUUUUAAAAGAGAGAUGGAAGCAAAAUGGGAGGAGAAUAGAGAGUCUAGAGUGAGAAAUUGGCGCCAAUAUGCCCAUAGAGUGGAAAAGAAACUGCAACUGCAACUGCAACUGAAAAACAAAAACAAAAACAAAACUAAAAAUAAAACUAAAAACAAAACAAAGGUGUUGGUGUAG